AUGACGUGGGGGUUUCUGGUUUUGGCUGGUCCAUGGCUGGUAGUUUUAGGCGUAGGGUCUGUCAGUCCCUGGAAACAGGACCCGAGGACAGUGACUUUCACCCAGUGGGAUAUGCAGCAACGGGAGGGUCACUCACGGGAAAAGCGUGAUGUCUGGUCUGAGACCUCAGGUUUUACUGCAUGCAAAGCGCCUGUCAGUCAGUCUGAACACAAGAUUCUAGACGAAAACACACAUGAGACAGGGUUCCAUGGAGAUGAUGGCUCAAGUUUCAUACUAACCUGGGUGGGAGAUGGCACAGGGGUAAUCUUGGUCUUAUCUACAGUUAGUGCACCCCUGGAUUCAUUUUUUGACGGCUCCAGUCGACUAUACAGAAGUGCAGACUAUGGGAAAUCCUUCCAUGACAUCUCUCACUCUAUCAAUAAUACUUUCAUCAGAAAGGAUUUUGGGAUCUGCGUAGGGCCGGGAAACUCUCAGAGAGUAAUUUUGACAGCAACCCUGCCCAUCUUUGAGACGACAGGAGGGGUCAUCUUCACCUCGAUGGACUCUGGCCUGACCUUUCAAUCUGUUCAGCUCCCCUUUCAUCCUGCCCAGGCAAUCUCUUUCCACUACCAGAACCCAGACUACCUGGUGGUCAUCGAUAUAGAUGGUGGGUUGUGGCUUUCGCUGGACUUUGGCAAGAAAUGGACCAUGAUUCAUGAGGGGACUCACUCUUUCAUGUGGGGAGCUGGCAUUAAUCUCUUCUUUGCCUCAAGUCCUAAAGGAACAGUGGAGGCAGAGAGGCGAGGAAAGCUCUUUCUGAAACGAACGCAGGACCUUGGAAAGACGUUGACCACCAUUUCCCAGAAUGUCUUUUCCUUUGGCUACAUUGGGGGCUUCCUCUUCACCUCUGUUAUGGAGAGUCUGGGAUCACCCCGUGUCAUCUAUGUGUCCUCAGACCAAGGUGACACCUUUAACAAAGCCCAGCUACCCUCUGCUAGCACAGAGCAGUUUUAUUCGGUUCUUGAUGGCGAUGAGGACAUGAUCUUCAUGCAUGUGGACACCCCUGGAGAGGACACUUAUUUCGGAACAAUUUACACGUCAGAUGACAGAGGCAUCCUGUACUCCAAGUCCUUAGAGCGCCACCUGUUUGCAGGGGAAGGGAAGAGUGACUUCACCAAUGUCACUUCACUGAGGGGGGUAUACCUGACCAAUGUGCUAGAGGAGGAUGGGCGAAUUCGGACGGUCAUCUCUUUCGACAGAGGAGGAGAAUGGAGACCCCUGCAAAAGCCAAAAAAUGUUGAAUGUGGGGAGCAUGUAAAAAAUUGCAACCUGCACAUCCACGGCGAGUAUAGCCUCUACAGCGGCAUCAUCCCAAUGCUGCCAUUAUCAGACCCUGCAGCUGUUGGCUUGGUCAUUGCCCAUGGCAGCGUAGGGGAUUCCAUAUCAGCAGCCCAGCCAGAUGUAUACGUCUCCGGAGACGGGGGUUAUACAUGGAGACUUACACUCAGGGGACCCCACCACUACAGUAUCCUGGAUUCAGGAGGACUCAUUGUGGCUGUGGAAGCCCACAGAGAUCGACAAGUGAACUCUAUUAAGUUCUCCACAGAUGAGGGCCAGUGCUGGAAGACAUAUAACUUUACUGAGCAGGCCAUAUUCUUUGCAGGCCUGGCGUCUGAGCCAGGCACAAAGACCAUGAACAUCAGUGUCUUUGGAUACAGGCCAGAUGACGACGAUCAGCCAAUGUGGGUGGCUGUCACCAUCGACUUUGGGUGUCUUGUCACUAGAGAAUGUGAGGAACAGGAUUAUGUUGACUGGCUGGCCCACUCCAGUGAUGGAAGUGCUUCUGAGACUGAUGGAUGCAUCCUUGGUUACAGGGAGACUUUCAGGAGACUUAAGAGGCUAUCUGUCUGCAGAAAUGGACGUGACUUUGUGGCCAGCAGGCAACAGACCCCUUGUCCAUGUACCAGGGAAGACUACAUGUGUGACUAUGGUUACUAUCGCCAUGAGAACAGCUCUGAUUGUGUUAAACAGCCAGACUUUGUGAAUCAUACUCUUGGCAUUUGUUUAAAUGGAGAAAUUGAAGAGCUCCAGACAUCAGGGUACCGAAAGGUGCCCAGCGAUAAGUGUGAAGGUGGGUUCACCCCUCCUCGAAGUUUGGACUCUGCCAGAAGACACUGUGGAGCUGUGACUCCAGCCUCAUCCAGGAGCCCCAACUCUGACAGAACAACAGAAACGUUAGUGCUGAUUAUGACAGGUGCUGGCACAACCAUCUUUGCUUUGGCUGUGAUUAUUGCUGUCACCUGUAGGAAGGUGAGAUGCAGGCAAAGGGCACCGGUAUACCGGUUCUCUGCUCUGAGACAGGUUGAGGAUGACUUGUGCAUUAGUCCAGAGAGUGGCACCAGGGUUAGCACCAGCCAAGGGAGUUACCAGGACGACUCAGAUGAUGAUCUCAUCGAGUGA